AUGUCUCAGUAUGAACACACCUCACUAUGGUGGCCCGAGGAGCGCAUCAAAUCCACCCUCAACGCAAAGUAUAUCGUCAGUCGUCUGCGACCAGAGAAUAUCCCACGCCUCUUCGAAUUACCGGACUGGGGCGAAGGCUUGACCAGCGAGACCUAUAUGGAAUGGAUCCUCACCAAGGCCGGCCGUGUCUUUAUGAUCCUCGACGCUAUCGGCAUUCCCGAUCGUAUCUUUGCGCUAGUCGACGAAUCGUGCGACGACGAUGAUCUACCUGUCGCCGAACAUAGCGUCGAUUUACUACACUUGUCCCCGCAUGGAGAAGAUCUCGCCCUCGAGGCGAGUUUCUUUCAUGCACAAUGGCGCUUCCUGGUCCGCGGUAUAGCGGAGGGUGAGCAUAUCGUCUCAUACCGAGAACGAGGGCGUUCCUGUCGAGGCGUUGAUAGGGUCGUCCUCGCCGGCUCGGUCUGUCGAGUCUACAUGCGCACCCAAGUGCAAGUCGGCGGCGCGCCAUAUUUCUUCUCGUCCGACGAGGUUCUCGCUGAGAUCCGCAACCUAAAAAGACUGUCGCAUGAUCAUAUCGUCUCUGUUUACGCUUCAUAUCUGAAAGACGACAGCGUCUCGGUGCUCUUCACCGGCGCCACGGCAGAUCGAAACCUACACAGCUUCCUCACAGACGAGCCGAUGUCCUUCAAACGGCUAGACAAAGAACAACGCCGCCAGAUCUUGAUCACUUGGCCCCACUGCCUUGCAUCCGCAGUCUCCUGGCUGCACGCACGCGGCCACUCCCACGGCGCAAUCCGUCCAUCCAACAUCUUCGUCGACGCAAACUUUCAUAUCUGCCUCGGUCAGUUCCAAGCACUCGACUCCCUCCUAGCUCCGCCACAUGUCAACGACCUCGAGGCAUACAAUUACUCCGCACCAGAGCGCUGGGCUCGUCCCACAGCUCCGGUCGUCCAGCAAAAGCCUCAGCCCGCACAGACACUACUUCCCUCGGGAGGACGUACAAAGCGCAGACAACGACCAACCCGGCUAGCGCUAGCCCCAUUGAACGAAAACGAAAGCCCACCUGCUUCUCCAGACCACGCAAGGCCAGACUCCGCCGCGUCCAAAAGAACAGCGAUCCGCAUAGGCUUACCAGGCUCACCAUCGCGUUUCUCCUUCGCCUUUUCAUCAUCAUCUUCAUCCUCCGAAUCCUCAGCAGCCUCUUCAACCCACACAGACGCAACAGCAACCUCACCCCAACCAAGGAAACACCGCAUCUCCUCUUUUCUAUCCCGCAGAACAAAUAAUACCCUCCCAACCCCAUCAAUAACCUCGUCCUCCACAUCCUCCUCAAACACAUCAGCCACACCAACCUUAACAUCAAAUCCCCAUCCCGCCUCAAACACCCUCUCCCCAAACCCUCCAUCGACCCUCCACCACUCCAAAUCCACCCAAUCCCUAACACAACCCUCCACCAGACCACAAACCUCCCAAACCUCCCGAUCCUACAAAUCUACCUCCACCCCAAACCCCCAACAAAACCCAAACACCCCAGCAGAUAUAUUCUCCCUCGCAGCAACAACCCUGGACAUCUUGACAGUCCUCCACAAACGAACCCUGACAUCAUUCAGCGCGCACCGCAGCGCGCGCAACCGCUCCGCCGGCCGCGGCGGCGGAAUAGCAGAUGCAUCCUUCCAUCUCGCGCGGAAUGCCGUGCAAGUGCAGUCCUGGAUUGCAUUGUUAGAGGGCGAUGCAUUGAAACGGUGUCGACGGGAUCGAUGUUCUGAUCGGGUUUUCUGGGCUGUGCCGCGCAUGUUGAUUGUUGUGCGUGCUAUGCUUGAUUUUGAGAGUGGGAAGAGGCCGCUGGCUAAACGGGUUCGGAGGGGGUUUGCGGAUGCUAUUACUAGAGGUGGGAAAGGGGAGGGGGAUGGGAUGGGUGUUUUGCAUUGUGGUAGGGAGAAACGGGAGGGGGGUGAGAAGGGGAGUGCGGUGGAGGUUGGGAGGGAGAUGGGGGUUGGGAGUGCUGUUUCUGUUGUUUCUUCGGCUCCGUUGGGGGUUUCUGAGUCGGGGUCGGUCUCGGAGUUUGAUUUUGGGUUUGGGGAUGCUGGGAGUGGGAGCGAGAGUGAGAGUAAUAUUGAUGAUGGAGAUCGUGUUGAUGUUGAUAUUGAAGAAGAAGAUGUUUCAGAGGUUGAAGAGCCUGAGAGACGGGUGGAGCAGGUCUUGCCUCAGUUGUAUCUGCCAGAGUUGGACAUGAACAUUACUGGGAUGGAAGGUCUGUCGUUUAAUAAUUAG